UCUGAUCCUCAUUCUUGCUCGUGGAGCCCCAGCAGAUCAGGGAGAUCAGGGAGAGGAGCCAGCUGGUGCAGGGGUCUUUGUGCUCCUCUCUGAAUGGAAGCCCUGGGACAUGGCUGGACUUAUACUGGGGUGCAUUGGUCUGAUCUGUGCCACAGCUAUCAUUGACGGGGUGCAAGUAACAAUGCCUGAGCACAAGAAGUCCAUUAUACUCUUCCAGUCGGCGUUACUUCGUUGCCACUACUCCACGUCCUCCACCCAGCCAGCCAUGAUCCAAUGGAAGUACAAAUCUUUCUGCCAGGACCGCACCGAGGAAGCUUUGGGGAUGGGGAAAGCGGCAAACAAGGCAAACAUAGGCAGCUCCUACCUGGACUGUGCCGACGGAAGCAGGACUGUCCGAAUUGUGGCAUCCAAGCAAGGGAAUUCAAUGACAUUGGGGGAUUUCUACAAGGGCAGGGAUGUCUCCAUCGUCCAAGAUGCCGACCUGCAGAUAGGAACCGUACACUGGGGAGACAGUGGCCUCUAUUACUGUCUCGUGGUUACGUCAGAUGAUGUGGAAGGGAGGAAUGAAGAUCGUGUGGAGCUACUCGUAAUGGGCAAGACAGGGGUGCUUGCUGAUCUCUUGCCCAGUUUUGAAGUGAAAUUUAUGCCAGAAUGGGCUUUCGUAUGCCUGGUGAUACUCGGCACUGUGCUGUUCUUCGUGAUGGUGGGGAUCUGCUGGUGUCAGUGCUGUCCUCACAGCUGCUGCUGUUACGUCCGAUGUCCUUUCUGCCCGGAGACCUGCUGCUGCCCGAGGGCCUUGUAUGAAGCAGGCAAGGCAGCCAAAGUCGGCUACCCUCCGACAAUCCCGACCGCCUGCCCUCCGUACUACAUCUCCACCGUUCCUGCGCCACCCGUGCCGGCGCCGAUGCUCAUGGAAAAGCAGCACGUCCCUCCGCUCGUGCAAAGCGACUCGCUAGGCAGCCAGAAUGCUGUGCGCAAAGGGUACCGAAUUCAGGCCGACAAGGAGCGAGAUUCCAUGAAGGUUCUGUACUACGUGGAAAAAGAACUGGCCCAGUUUGAUCCGGCUCGGCGAAUGAGAGAGAGAUAUAGCCACACUAUUUCAGAGCUCAGUUCACUGCACGAAGACAACUCGCAUUUUAACCGCUCCUAUCGACAAGGGCGCCGAAAACCACUGCCAUCCAGUUGCAACAUCGAUGGAGAUGCAGAGUACUGGUCUGGGGUAGUUGGUGCAACAGCAAGGCCCUCGACCUGUUCCAAGUUAAGGGAUGAGAGAGAAAACUUCAGGAGUAGUCUCCAGAGACCUACAUCUGAGGUCUUAGAAAGAAAAUCCUUUCCCAUGGCAGUCCAAGCCGUGUCUACGGACGAAUUAGCCGCAUUUGCAGACACCUACAAACAGAGAUCUCGACGGUCUGACAGCCGCGGGCCAAGUUCAGCGCCCAGGUUCGAGAGAUCAGAGUUGAGAGGGAGAUCCCUCUACCACGACAGCUCGUCCGAUGACUACUAUGGAAAACGAAACCAUGGAAGAGAACUAUUUUCAGACAAUGAAAGAGGCUGGUCGUUCAGCCCUUCCAGGAUACGAGCUCCAGAGGACAAGCAUCUGCCCAAAAGGAUAACCAGAAUGGGACAAAGCUAUGACGAUGCUUAUCUCAGCAGCGUUCUCGAAAGGAAAUCAAGGGGCCUCGAGGAAACUAUUGUGACCCCGUCCAAACUGAGCUUGCGGCAAAAUUCAAGUCGCAGCUACGGCCGAUCUCCAACGUUCAAGACUGGAGAUGGGAAAGACCACAAAGUAGAGGAAGAAGACUCACUUCCUCCGUACAGUGAGCGAGAGCUUGCCAGGGCUCUCCCAUAUCGUUCCAGGGAGCACUCCUAUCUCAACGCCUCAGACAAGAGGAAGAAAAAGGAGCAGCCCAGUAAAACAGGUGAUUUCCCAAACAGGAUGUCCCUCGUUGUCUGACACCGUUAAAGACCUAAGGAAGAUUCUGAUUGGAGGAGGCACUGAGGCAGUCCUGGUCACGAGAGACAGAACUCUGAGCCACUGUGCUCCAAGGAUUUCCCUUCUUGACGCUGAAGAUCUUUAGCCUGUCUGCCCAACAGAACAGGAGACCAUGUGCCAAAAAUUUGGAAGCAAUGGUCUCCUGCAGGGUAUCCUACCCAACCACUUAUGGACCUCAAACAUAGGUCUGAUGGAAUUGUGGGACACCACAUUUUAUCAAUUUCCAACAAUUUGCGAUUGUGUGAGGACUAGCCUUACUCCUACUAAUUAAUCAUUUUGUAGGGGUGAUAUUUGCCUCCAUUCUCCAACGUUCCUUAUGUCUCACACUCAAACAGUGUUAUAUUUGUACCAUGAAACCUCUCUGUGCCUCUCAUUGCCACUGUCCACACUACGGACGAGUGAUGUCUUUGUGUAUCUUCUGUUUACAUCGGAAGGGUGCUAACCAUGUACCUCUCAUCUUUUUUUUUUUUUGGCUAAUUAGAAGUAACACCUUUGGUUGAACUUUCCAUUUUUUCGUUGUCCACUUUCUACCAAUCCCUUCUUUUCUGUUCACAUUAUGUUUCUAUAGUGUCAUUUAAAUUUGUAAGUAUUUUUUCUUUAAACCUCUGGUAUUUAUAGCAGUAUUUCAGCAGAAAUUACGGGCAAAUUCUUUGUUUUGUACUCUAGAACGUUUAAGCUACUCCAUAGUAAGAAAGAGAACAGAGAAAUCUCAUAGAGAAGAUGUAGGGCUUUCUAUAAUGAAUGUAAUAUAUGGGGUGUCUUAUUUUCUUAUUUUUUGAUGUUUUGAAAUUUAGUUUAAAUGUAAUUUAGUGAUUUUCUAGACUACUCUCUAUAUGAUAGGAAUAAUUAACAUUUUAGAAUUUAUUUCAAUAUUCAUUUUAAAUUGCGAAUGAAUGCUGACCUGCUCUCUACUACUUAAAAACAAAAAUGGUUUCUCAUGAGAAUUGAGCAAUGGUCAUUCUUUAUUGCCAUAAAAGAAAAGCUAUUUUCGGGGGUUGCUCGUUUCCAUUGAAAUAUGAGACUGCAAAUCACAAUAAGUCAUGCGUACCCUAAUUCCCACACCAAUGCAUUUUUUACUUCAUGGAAUCAUCAUUCACUCAUGCAUGCCGUUCAUUCGUUAGCGUACACUGAAUCCGGUCCAU